UUUGUCAAAAAGCUAGCAAAUAGUUUUUGCAUCAGGAAACUAUUGUGUUUGGAACAUUAUAUCAUAUCUGGAAAUUGCACCUUGUUUGCUCUAGGACUUGUGAUAUUCCAGUACUAGAAAUAUGCAUUCAUACAAAUUGUUCAUUGGAAUACAUGAUUUUGUACCCUUUUGAGUUGAUAUUAAACAUUACCAGUUUCAUCAUGGCACUCUUAAAAUGUCAACGAGGAAUGUCAUUUUCUCUGCAAAAGUUUAUUAAGAUGUCUAAUUCAUUUAUUCAAAAUCCUUGCACUCCAAGUUCUUAUACAGGAUUUUUAAAUUAUAGUAGCAGGCGAAAUCCUGAUGUAUCUGAUAUACCUGAAUUAAAUGAACCCCCGCUAAAGAAGUUUUAUGAAGCAUAUUAUCAACCAGAACAUGGCAGAAUACACGAUAAAAAACCAUUUAAAAUCAAGUGCACAAAGGGAAAGACAUACUAUUGGUGCGUUUGUGGCUGGAGUCAUGAUCAGCCUUUAUGUGAUGGAAAAUGCAUUUUACCCGAGAUGAAAAUUAAAAUGAAGCCUGUGGCUUUCAAACCUGCAGUGACUAGAGAAUACUGGUUUUGCAAUUGCAAACAAACUAAAAAUAGACCCUUUUGUGAUGGAUCUCAUCUCUCCGAAACUGUGCAAGGUGGUAAUUCUGUAAUUCGUAGAUAAUUUAUGUAGAAAUUAUAAUUCAUUGUUUGUAUUUUAUGUAGUAAAUAAAAUUUACUUAAAAAAAUUU